CUUGAUCACAUUAAGACCGACUCAAUACAAUUCUAGUUCUUCGUUCUUGAUUCUGGGUUCUUGGUUCUCAAGUCAUCAUGCCAUGUUCCUUCGCCUUAGUUUUGCUCACUUUAGCUUCGAUAUGUCGCGGCGGUUUGGCAUUAUCAAAACCUGUCAUAAACGAACACAGUUUAGUACGACGAAGGGCACUUAUUCUAACAAUAAUUGUCGAAGAAAAAUUUCAAGAGUCUCUAUGGGUCAACAAGAAAAAAUGUGUGGAAAAUGAUAGCCUCAAACGUGAACUUGCUGAAUCAAAACGCGAUGUAGAACAACUCAUCAAAGAGUUACGGAGAUACAAAGGUAAAGUUACAGUAGAGGAUGACACAGAGGAUGAUACAGAAGUUGACACAAAGGUUGACACAGCAGAAGAGCUAGCUAUUCUCCAAAGGAAGUGGGUAGAACUUGUUCAAGCCAACCAGAAAACUGUCUUGGAGAAUCAUCAGCUUGUUGCCGAGCACAAUAGACUAAAGGAGAGUAUUUUAGGACUAGAAAAGAAGAUUGAAGACUUAGAAGGGCAACAAUCAGAUCUCAAGUAUGAAUUAAAUCAACUCAAAAACUUUCACAAGUGGAUGAGAAGUUCUGGAGCAAAAGCUAUUGAGGAACAAGUGAACGUUUCAAAAUUUUCUGGAGACAAGAUGGGUCUCGGAUUCUCAAGUUCCGAAAGCAACCAGACCCCACUUGAAUUGUUUGUUGAUCGAAGAAAGGAAAUUUCUCAAAAAGUUCCACAAGGAAGGAAAACAGAAGCUGUUGCAUCUGCUGGAACAUCUUCUGCCAAACCCGCUGAAGCAUCUCAUGAAGCUUCUGCUGGAACAAUUUAUGCAGCACCCUAUGCAAAAAGGCAAAGAGUUGUGACACAAUCUAGUAUGAGAAGACACAAGGAUCAUUAUGCUAGACCUGAAAGAUUGUUACUCUUUCAGAUGCAUCGUCCGAUGGGGAGUCGCUCAAGUGUGGCACAGAGACGUGUUAUAGCACACUGUCUGUCAUCUGUUACUGGACAGUGCUGCAGCAUCUUCUCUGCACCAGAGCUGGUUGUUUUGUUUGCAUAGCUCUUAAUUGGUGAUUUCCGCUGCGCCCCCACGAACUUACACAUUUGUCUUCUCAUUUUCUUUUUCUUAGCACUUUUCCUCCCCAACCAAACAAGAAAAACUGUUUUCCACUUAAUUUUCUUUUCUUUUUCCUUUCAAAUUCCUUGAACCAAACAUAGUGUUAAAGCGCAUGGGUUGAUAGAAUUUUAUUUAAAAACAAACUGGUUUGCUUUUG